AUGUCUCAUUCUAGAAGGCUUUCCUUAGAACCUGCUAUAGACUCAUCAUCAAUCACUCCCCGAUUUCGUGACUCUUUGAGUUUACAGAGACACGAUGACGUCAACAAACCCGAUUUCCGAGAACUCGAUCUGGGCUCUCCUGUCUCUACCUUAAUGCCACGUGUCUCCUCAUCCUCCUCCUCUGCUGCAGCUACUCCCACUAGCAGCUCCGGCUCCUCUGGCUCUGCUUCCGGGAAACCGUCGGUGACUUCUCAGAUUGGUAAGAGCCACUCCGGCGAGAUUUCCACCUCCGGAUCCGGAAUGCCGACGGCCCGGAAUCUUAAACCGGGUCACAGGAGAUCCUCUUCUACCGGAACGCCAUUGAUCUUCUCCGGCUCUAGCUUCUACUCAGCCAGUUCCGGCGGUGGCAGCGGCGCCACGUCAGCAGUGUCGCCUACUCCCAGCGUUUUACCCGCCGGCAAUAUCUGCCCGUCGGGUCGGAUCUUGAAAACCGGAAUGGCGACUCGGACCUCAGCAAGAACAGAGACUCUGUGCACAGGAACAGGAAACUACGGACGCGGAAACGUCGUGCGAAGCGGCGGCGGAGGAGGAAGCAGCGGAAAGGGGAAUCAGUUAGCAAGAGCGGCGGCGGAGAACGGUGAAACCCCGGAGGAGUUGAAGAGGAUGGGGAACGAAAUGUACAGAAGAGGAAACUUCUCGGAAGCUCUUUCGCUUUACGAGAGAGCAAUCUCAAUGUCACCGGAGAAUGCAGCUUACAGAAGUAACCGUGCGGCUGCGUUAACGGCUUCAGGACGGUUAGGAGAGGCCGUUAAAGAAUGCCUUGAAGCUGUUAGGCUUGAUCCUUCUUACUUGAGAGCUCACCAAAGACUCGCUUCACUCUUUCUCAGAUUGGGAGAAGCAGAGAAUGCAAGACGUCAUCUUUGUUUUUCCGGGCAAUGUCCGGAUCAAGCUGAUCUCCAACGGCUUCAGACGCUUGAGAAGCAUCUCCGGCGAUGCUGGGAGGCUCGGAAGAUCGGAGAUUGGAAAACGGCGAUCAAAGAAGCCGAUGCAGCCAUUGCAAAUGGCGCUGAUUCAUCUCCUCAGCUUGUAGCUUGUAAAGCAGAAGCCUUUCUGCGUCUAAACCAAAUAGAAGACUCGGAGUUUUGUCUAUCUUGCGUCCCAAGAUUAGAUCAUUACAGUUCUCAACCGAAAGCGAAACUCUUUGGAAUGGUAGCUGAAGCUUACGUGCUCUGUAUCCAAGCUCAAGUCGAUAUGGCAUUAGGAAGAUUUGAGAAUGCGGUUGUAAAGGCAGAGAGAGCUGUGAUGCUUGACCAGACCAAUCCGGAGCUCGUGUCGGUUUUAAACAAUGUGAAGAUGGUUGUGAAGGCACGUACACGUGGCAACGAGCUGUUUAGUUGCGGGAGUUACUCGGAAGCGAGUGUAGCUUAUGGAGACGGUCUCAUCAUCAAGCAAGAUUGUUACAACCCGGUUUUGUAUUGCAACAGAGCGGCGUGUUGGUAUAAACUUGGUUUGUGGGAGAAAUCUGUUGAAGAUUGUAACCAUGCGGUUAAAAUCCAUCCUGGUUACAUCAAGGCGCUUCUACGUAGAGCUGCUUCAUAUGGAAAGCUUGGUAGAUGGGAAGAUGCGGUUAGAGAUUAUGAGUUUGUGAGAAGGGAACUUCCGGGAGACAGUGAAGUUGCAGAGUCGCUAGAGAGAGCGAGAGCCGCGCUAAUGAACAGAGGACAAGAAGGAUCUAAAAGCUUAGGUUUCAAUAAUGAAGUUGAAGCGGUUUCGACCUUGGAUAAGUUCAAGAGCGCGGUAACACUUCCCGGUGUCUCUGUGUUCCAUUUCAAAUCAUCAUCAAACCGACAAUGUGAAGAAAUUUCUCCAUUCAUCAACACUUUAUGCCUCCGGUAUCCAUUAGUACAUUUCUUCAAGGUGGAUGUGGAGGAGAGCUUGGCGUUGGCGAAGGCAGAGAGUAUCAGGAAAGUUCCGACAUUUAAGAUGUACAAGAAUGGAGACAAAGUGAAGGAGAUGGUUUGUCCGAGCCACCAGUUUCUAGAGGACUCUAUAAAGCACUUCCUCUUAUAA